CGCCAGAAGGGCGCAAACCACUGAGCGGCAGCGUAAGCAGUGUAAAGCUCCUCCACGGCUCGCAAGCACCGCUGCUCGCGCUCUCCUUCUCUCCUCGCGCUCUCCUUCUCUCCUCGCGCUCUCCCUCUCUCCUCUCGCUCUAUUCACCACUCCGCGGUCCCGCGGUACUCAAAAUGUUAGUUUUAAGUUAGUCUUAAUUUACAAGUGCGAUAAUAAAGUGCAAAACUGAAGUCGAGCCCGUGACUUUUUCAUUUCUGGAGGGACUGAUCAGCAGCAGCCACCACAACAACAACAACCAUUCAGAAGCCAACUUAUCUUGGACGUCAAUCCGCCCACUCCUUUUCAUGGUCCUUCGAGUCCGCGACACAUCGUGAUCCUGCCAGCGCUCCUUGCGGAAAAAAUCAAGAUAAACUUACUACUCACUUCCUAAAAAUAAUGGCUCCUCGUCCUCGUGCCACGCAGUCGUUGGAGAGCAGACGUACUCGAGGUAUUAAAUCCUACCGCUGCCGAGUCUUAUCUGGAAUCCAUCCUCUUCGGAAGUGCAAGAGGUUCCACAAACUGAGCGCUGAAAAGCGCCUUCGGGCAGUACUUAUUAAUAAGUACUGCUCGAACUGCCUCGCCCAUCAGCACUCAGAAGGAGACUGCCGCAGCCAAGACGGAUGCAAGAAGUGUGGAGGAGACCACCACACCCUACUCCACAUGCACGAGGUCCUCCCCGCUCUGACCCCGGCAGCGCUACCAGCUCCGACGCGCAGAGAGCGCCAUCCCGCUGCACCUCGUCCGGUCCGGAUUUCCGGCACUCCGCCACCAGCCCCAGUCGCCAACAAUCGCCCGCGUCCGAAGGUCUCCGUCGCGUCUCCGUCGGUGGCAACGGGGCAGCAGAAGGCUGUCCCCAUCCUGCCUACAGCCGUCGUCGUGCUGGACACGGGCUCGAAGACUUUCGAGACCGGCGCCAUGAUCGACCCAUGCAUGCCGGUGAGCAGCAUCGACCGGUCGUUGGCGGCUGCGUUCCGGCUGCCCAUCACACGGCUGGGAGACGACGAGGUCUGCUCGGUGAAACUCCGGUCCCGAACAAGCACCUUCCGACUCAACGUCGUCCUGAAGAUCGAACCCAGUCUAAGGAUCCGGACACCCAUCCGAGCUCUGAGCGACGCCGCAAGGGCCAAAUUUGACGGUGUUCGUCUCGCGGACGAGCGCUUCCACCGGCCGGCCACCAUCUCCCUCGUGUUGGGAUCAGAUGUAUAUGCCAAUCUGAUCCAACCGGGGUUCCUAAAGAUUGAGGAUGGGUUGCCCGUCGCGCAGAACACGGUGUUCGGAUGGACCGUUUCUGGAGCGUGCACGGAAUGAAGAGGCCGAUCCUGCUGUCUAGCCGGCCAGGGAUACCUUUGCCUACGCAAGGGGGGGGAGAAUGUUCACGCCAGAAGGGCGCAAACCACUGAGCGGCAGCGUAAGCAGUGUAAAGCUCCUCCACGGCUCGCAAGCACCGCUGCUCGCGCUCUCCUUCUCUCCUCGCGCUCUCCUUCUCUCCUCGCGCUCUCCCUCUCUCCUCUCGCUCUAUUCACCACUCCGCGGUCCCGCGGUACUCAAAAUGUUAGUUUUAAGUUAGUCUUAAUUUACAAGUGCGAUAAUAAAGUGCAAAACUGAAGUCGAGCCCGUGACUUUUUCAUUUCUGGAGGGACUGAUCAGCAGCAGCCACCACAACAACAACAACCAUUCAGAAGCCAACUUAUCUUGAACGUCAA